AUGACUUCCAUCUUUGAGCCAGAACCUCCUGCUUUCGUCUUUGAAAGGGCUCACAACAACGACCAUCAGUUCCUGUUCGAUUUUCCGAAUAAAAAGAUAAUGCCCAAUGCGCGUCAGAUACAGCUGCAGCGCCUCUAUGAUCUCGUGAAUCUCAGCGUACAGCGAGACGACCUUCCCCGUGCCAGACGUGCUUGGUCCAUCCUAGCCAGAUGCAAAGAAUUAAAUUGGAAAGCAAUGUGGAGGCUGGGCAUCACCAUACUCGAAAAUGAUGUCUGCGUUGUGGAGAGCAAUCCACACAAAAUAGAUUUUUUACGGACAAUGUUACUCCAACUUCCCGAGGAGCGAGAACGCAUUCUUGCUGAAUUGGUCCAGCAUUAUAUUCUUGCUGGCAGGUACAGAGAUGCACUCGAUGAGCUUGAGUUUUACCUCCCUUCAUUCCCUUAUCGUGACAAUCCAGUACUUCACGUCUAUGCAGGCUUGCUGUGUAUUUUCAUAGCCCAGCAUCCAGAAUCAGCAUGGUCAGUGUUUGAAGGAUCUACCUAUGAUAACAACUCUCUCAGUCGCGCUCAGACCUAUCUUGAACACGCAAAGGUAUUGGAUCCCAAUAACAUUGUCGUAAGCGAGUUUUUGCACAAGGUAAGGUGUCGUGAUUCUGUCCAACCUGAGAGCUCACCUCUGUCAGCUGCAUUCCAUUUCUCAAGGACCAGAAUCACUCUCUUUCGCAAGCCAUCAUUCUGA